UAUUUUCGCUUCAUUAUGUUGCUAUAGCAACACGAGUAAAUAAAACAGGUGUGAGGAGCAACUACCUGCACUGUAACUGACUGAAUAUCACACCGGACAACCUAGAAGUGUUUGGAUGGCAGAACAUCCAGAAACACAAAAGAAGCCUGAACUGAAGAGGAUGUGCCCUCAGCAAAAAGCUCGACACCUGGCUUAUGCUGAGCCCUCAAAGGAGGUACAAGCUGGUAUAGCGGCGGCCCACCAACGCGCUGUCACUCGUCAGGCUCAGGAGAAAAAGCGGAAACCUAUAAAAGCACUGGAUUCAAAAUUACGACACGAGCUUAUAGGCCAAUUACAAGCUGCUGAGGCGAGGAAUAGGAUCCAGCAAAGAAGACAGCAGUAUGAAAACCUAAAGGCACAGGAAAUUAACUUAAUGAUUUCGUGCCAGUCCAGUGCACAGAGUGCUAUGCGUCUAGAGCUGCUACUGGCAGUGGAUAGAAGGAGGAUUGUUCAAGACAGCCUAGACCCCCUACAGAGACAGCGAGUGGAGGAAAUCAUAGAGGACGAAAAGGAUUGUACCCUUAUCAGAGGAUAAAUGAGGGCACAACUGAAAACCAAUAAAUCUCCAAUGGCUGAAAAACUGCUGACGUAAAGAAACAACAUAAUAAAUAGAUCACUUACUGACUACUUA